AACUGCUGCUGGGAGCUCUGGAGCAUCUGGGUCAUGGCUGUGCUGUGGAUGCUGCUGCUAGUCGUGCUGCCCUCAUUCUUACUGGGAGUCUUUGUGUGGGUUAUUAUCCAGCACUUUCUCACUACAGAAAUUCCAUCCACCCUCAAGCAUCCGGUCAAGUUAUGGUUUCUUCACUGCAUGCUGCUGUAUGUGAUAACUUUGGGGAACACACUAGAGAAACUGAGGAUUUGUGCCAUGCCCAGCUUUGUACAGUUUCUCCAAGGCCUAAUGACAAUAAAGAAGGAUCCCAAUGUGUUGGUGACUGACAUGCAUUUUGGGACAAUCCCUGUGAGGCUGCUGAAGCCCAAGAAAGUGUCUUCCCAACCCCGGCAAGGCAUCAUCUUCUAUCACGGAGGAGGUGCAGUGAUUGGAAGCCUGGACUGUUACCAUAGCCUGGGCAGCCUCUUGGCCAGUGAGACAGACUCAGUGGUGCUGAUGGUGGGGUACCGCAAGCACCCUGUCCCUACCAGUGAUUGUCUGAAUACUUCCAUCUACUUCUUGAAGAACCUGGAGUCCUUUGGGGUGGAUCCAUCCCAGGUGGUUCUCUGCGGAGAGAGUAUUGGAGGUUGGGCUGUGGCCGUUGUCAUGCAGGCCUUAAUCAGCAUUCCCAGUCUACCCCAGAUCAAGGCUCAAAUACUGAUUUGUCCACUCUUGAAUUUCAUCAAUUUUCAGUUACCAUCACAUCAGCAGAACAAAAAUGUGCCAUUCCUUACCAGAGACAUUUUGUUUAUGUGUUUGUGUAAAUUCCUGGACAUUGACCCCUCUUGGAAAGAUGCCAUGUUGACAGGUGCUGCCAUACCUCUGGAAGACUGGAAGAAAUACAGGAAAUGGCUCAGCUAUGACAACAUCCCCAAAAGGUUCUGGAGCCCAGAUCCACAACCUGAGACUCUUGGGCCUUUUAAUGAGGCCGCCUACCUAGAAACCAAACAAGCUUGUUGUGCAAAAAUUUCACCUCUUCUAGCAGAUGACAAGAUCAUUGCUCAGCUUCCUAAGACACUUCUGGUGAGCUGUGAGCAUGACAUCCUCCGGGAUGAUGCCUUGCUCUACAAGAGGCGCUUGGAAGAGCAGGGGGUCCCUGUGAGCUGGUACCAUGUGGAAGAUGGCUUUCAUGGGUGCAUAUUGUUGUUUGAUAAGAAGUGUUUUUCCUUCCCCUGCUCUAUGAAACUUAUAAAUGCCAUCAUCAGUUACAUAAAGAGAAUUUGAUAGUAAA